ACUAAUCUGUGCCAAUAACCAUCUGUGUUUGACUUUGACAGUAAACGGUGCGCGUUGAUCGUAUUAUUUUUGUUUUCAUUCGUGUAAUUGUAAAAUGGCUGAGGCUCCUGAUUCCGAGCCCGUAGCGUCUUCGAGCAAGAGUAGCGUGCCUGCCGAAGCGCAGGAAGACGAGGGCCCGGCCCCCAAGAAACGCAAAACCGUAGCUGAGGGCGAGGAGAUUGAGAAAUUGGAGCACAGGCUCGGCGGCAUUCUGUGCUGCGCAGUUUGCCUCGACCUGCCGCAGGCCGCCGUGUACCAGUGCAGCAACGGGCACCUGAUGUGCGCGCCGUGCUUCAUGCACCUGCUGGCGGACGCGCGCCUGCGCGACGAGAGCGCUACGUGCCCCAACUGUCGCGUGGAGAUCUCCAAGACGUCCGCCUCACGCAACCUGGCCGUGGAGAAGACGGUGUCGGAGCUGCCGUCCGAGUGUCGCCACUGCGCGCGCGUCUACCCGCGACACUCGCUGCAGCACCACGAGGAGAAUGUUUGCGACGACAGGGCGCACCCCUACAGGUUCUCGCAGACGGUAGUGGAGCGCGCGCCGCUGGGCGCGGUGUCGGGUUUGGUUCGCAUCGUGGCGCGCCUGUAUUGGCUGCUACUGUCCGCGCUCGGCGGCUCGUACCGCUGUGAGCGGCCGGCCGCAGCCGCCAAGCGGCGUAGGGUGCGCAGGCUGACGGGCUGCCGCUACGCCUGCCUGGGCUGCGGCUGGCGCGGCGCGGCGCGCGCGGCGGCGGCGCACGAGGAGGCGUGCGCGCACCCGCGGCAGUCCGCCGCCGACCUGGUGGAGCUGCUGGCGCAGCGCGAGCGGCUCAACGGCGAGCGCCUGCAGCUGCACACGCAGCUGCUCGACCUGCUGUCCGUUGAGAAGAUCACCUUUACAGACCUGCAGCUGAAGCCGUACCGCACGGAGGAGCUGCACAAGCUGUACUACGAGACGUCGCGCUUCUCCGCCUUCGGCCACCAGUGGCUGGUGAAGGCCUUCGUCAACAAGCACCAGCGCGACCCCACGCAGAGCUCGCAGCGGGAGAUCACCUACCAGCUGAUCCUCAAGAGCAAGCCGCCGGCGCCGCUGGGCGUGAGCUGGACGUGGGUGCGCGGGCCGUGGGGCGAGGCGCGCGUGGCGCCGGCGCUGGCCGCGCACGCCUUCCGCGAGGACGAGGCGGCGCCGGCGCGCGCGCUGCCGCUGGCCGACGCGGCCGACGCCAACCGCCUGCUCUCCAACAAGGCCAUCCACUUCAGAUUGAUAAUGUUCUUGUCGGCGAAAUGAUCUCAUGAAACCCGCCGCGGACUCGCCUCAUUUGGUACAUUCGGGUACAUUCGGUUUACAGAUUAAACUAACAGCAUAUUCUCUUACCAGAUACCUUAUUGAAACAUCGUAAAUUCAAUGCGCGCUAAACUUUACAAGCAUCUACGUUCAAACUUUUAAACUUUUCGAUUUACCAUUUUAUUACAAUUUUAUGUUUAUUGACUUAGAAAAUGUUAUAAUUUACAUUUUUGCUGUUUUUUUACAAACAGAUAAGUUUUUAAAAUAAGCAGGUCACAACAACACCCACAAACAAUUUGGCGCGAAAUUAAUGAAAUAUAAUAAAAAUUUUAAAUUUUUUUAGUAAUCAUUAUUGUUCAACGUGCUAGAAGGGUUGGCGUGAGGUAUACGUUUGAAUUGAAUACAAAUAAUUAACUUGUUUAUAAUACACAAGGAUCUCGAUCUGGAUUCGCAAAUCCUGUAAAUAUAAAAAUCUUCAAAACUACGAUUUUCGAAGUUUGAUAGAUGAUGACUGUGCCGGCCAAGUGGCCGUAACAUAAUGUUCAUAUGGUUUCUUCAUUUAACAAGCGCCCAUACCCAUGUGGCUAUUUGCUUUUGUUGCUACAAACCCUAACGCUUCGAAAACUAACUAAAUGUAUGAGAAUGACAGAUCCGAUCGACAAUUUGAUCACGUUACCUGUCGAUAGUGAAUGUCAUUCUGAUACAUUUUUAAGUUUUCGAAGCGUUGGCGUUUGUAGAAAGAGAAUAGACGUUGCCACAUGGGUACAGACUGUGGUCGCUGUGGCCACUGGUUCUUGACAUAACGAGGCUAAAUCUUUUGUUCUUUUUUAUACAUAUAUUUUAUUGACAUUAAAAUAUAUGUUUAUACACUAAAUUAUGUUAAAUAAUUAUUUUAAUUAACAACGAAUAUCUGCUUAGUUUUAAUUGUGGUAAAAUUAGGUAGUAAAAUAAUAUAUUGCGAAUAUUGAGUACAAAUUUAUUUAUACACCAUAGUUAGGGAUGAUUCGGAGGAAUAUCAGGUAAGGUCUAAAACGGACGUCCUGGUCAAGUUACUAACAGUGGAAUUCAUAGACGUUGUAGGGGCACCCCCAGGGGCUCAUUCACCCGCUGAGUGUCAAAUUCUCAAACAAAUAGAGGUUAAAUUUGACACUCAGCGGCUGAAUGAUCCCCUGGGGGUGCUCCUACAAUGUCUAUGAAUUCCACUUUAAGACUUCAAUAUAAAAUAAUUAUUAUUUUCUUUUGCCUUAAUAUUUUAGUUCUAUACAACUUAUCCAUAUGUAAAAAAAUAAGUACAUAACAAGUAAAAUAGCCGGCUGCGUGAACAGUAAUGUGAAUUCUUUGUUUACAGUUGGUAGUUAUAAUGUUGAUUGUUUAUAGUUCAUAUAAAACAAGCAACAUUCAAAUAUGAGAAUUUUUUAUGAAACAAUAAAAAAAUUACAAAAAGGAAUCGCCUAUUUUCUCGGGACUGGGUGCUUCUGAUUAAAUUCUAAUUUCGAGAAACGCAAAAUAAAACAAUUGCUCAUAAUGAACUUCCGUGAAGCAACGCCUGCUUCUAUUCAACAUUAGGACUAUAUUUAGUUUCGUUGCACGAUAGCUUUAGUGCAGGUGUGAGUUUGUUAUGACUGUAUUUCACAAAUAGAUUAUUUUAAUACGUAUAUUAGCUGAAUUUAAUAAUUAAUAAUUAUAAUAUAUUAUUUGAAUAGA